AUGGCGACAAUUACACCCAAAACUCGAAAUACUCGAACAGCAUGCGAUCGGUGUUAUGAGCUAAAAGAGCGAUGCGCACGCUCGGCUAUUAGCCUUGCCUGCACAAGGUGCAAUCGGCUGCAACUUUCUUGCUCAAUAACUCGUCCCAUCCGUCCGGUUGGCCGAAGACCAAACAAUUGGAAUGCUUCAGUUGGUGCGGCUGCAUCCAAUCCAAUCAUAUCCAGCACAAACAAGCAACGUCAGGUAGACGUUGGUUUUUGGUUUCAUGACGGAAUCAAUAUCGACUUCAGAGAAAGAGAACAGCUCAGGUUCCUCUUAAAUGAACCCCAAAACUUCGGGUACCACCUUGUGAGCCGUAGUUUCGAACUUACGGAGCAUCGAUCACUAGUUGCUUUUCUUCCCGCCGCCAUGCCACUCCUCAAGGAUGCCUUCCUUUCCUAUGCAAGUGGACUACAAUUUGUUCAGACUGGUGUGGCAGUAGAUGUAGAUGUAAACGCAAGCCAUCGCUAUGCGUCAUCUGCCAUCGAAGUGCUGAGAUCGUUAAACGUUACAAACAUACAGGAGGCGAUCUUAUGCCUUACCCUCGGAAAAGUUCUAGUUCUAUCUGUGUACUCCCUGAUAGGGGUCGGCGCAGCCGAAAUAUGUCAAUACUGCCUGAACACCGCGAUGGUCUAUACAAAUGCAACGAUAUCCUGGGAUCAAGACGUAGUAUCACAACAUAGCUUUCUUAUGUUUAUGGAGACUAUAGAUUGCCUGGUUCACUGUCGGAAGCCAACGCAGAGAUUCCCACCACAACAAGCAGCAAUUAUGGACCGUUAUCUUGGUCUGUGCUUGUCCUUAUUACCUUAUUAUUAUGAUUUAUGCGUCAUCAACCAUUCAAUGGUAAACAAUACUGACACGUCAUACCUGGUUUACCUUUACAAGAAGCUUGAUGAAGUCCGGGUUGCCGUGGACGCAUGGCGACCACCACCCCUGGGAGACCUAAUGCAUCAUGUCGAAACGGUAGACAUGAUUAAUCUGCUCGCGCAAGCAAAAGUAUACCGACUAGCGGCGUUGCUAGUAAUCCAUCGUCUGCGAUACCCGUUUGGCCAACAAGAUGGUCAAGCGAAUGUCUGGGCAAACGAGAUUAUGAAGGAAUUUGAGCUUGCGGAUUGGGCUACAAAACAAGCCACUCGGUGUGUAACAAUGCCUUAUAUAGUCGCAGCAGUCGAAAUUCAGGACUUCAGCUUGCGAGUCAGGGCCCUGGAGAAUGUUACCAAGUAUGUCGACAAAUUUACCCCAACGGUUCAACGAUCAGCAAGGCAAUUUCUCUCGCGCAUCUGGCUAGAGCGAGACAACAACAUAACUUACUGUUGGUUUCAAUCAGUAACUAAACCUUGUCCAGUUCUACAAUCCCUCGAAUGUUAG